GAACGCGCGGACCGCGAACCGCCACAGUGUUGUCGACGAGAAGGAUACACGAAGGCGAGAAAUUCUUGUUUUUUUUUCACAUCCGAACAUCGAAAAUCACGAGGAAAACGAUGGUGGACGCACGUUCUAAAGGGUCGUCGAACGAAUAAACUCAAUUGCAGUGGACACGUAAACCUUUCGUGGGUGAAGUGAAACACAUGUGUCGGCCGAAUCGUGUUUUCCACUAUAGAGUGCCCGUCCCGUGUUUGGUCCGUGAAUAUCUCGCGCUUAGAAAGCCAAGUUACACACCAGUUACAAUAAUUCGCGGAAAAUAUAACGCGAUUGGCUUCGAAGACAUCUAUUAACGUGAUGAGCUGCUUCUUCGAGAUGGAAUAGAACUCGUCGCAGAAGGCGGCAGUGCGUGGGUGGGUGGGUGUCUAACGAUUGCCACUCAUGUAUAUCAAAUUCCUUUUGGAAUUUUGCACAAAAUGUUGCUGACGGACCAAUGAUAAUGCCCUUUUCGAUUAAAUAUCGUUUCGUUUAAUUGAUAUCUAUUAAUUGGCACGUUACACAAACAAUUCUUUUUGGGCAUAAGAAAAAAUAUUAGUUAUAUUUUAGAGCAACGCUGCUCUUCGCUGUCAUUUUUUGGCUAAUGUCAAUUUGACAGUUUUAAACGAAUGAAGCCAAUAUGAUUGCAUCUCUGUACUAUUAUCAACUUUGUUGAUUCUGAAAGGAACCUGCACAAUAUCCUUGUUUUGACACUAUUGUCAAGAAACUUUGUUUUUUUAACCAACUUGUUGUUUGGUUGCUUCACAUAUCUUCAAUAUCAUCGAAUUCCUUUAUGAAAGAUGCUUUCUCUACAUUGUGAAGCAAGAGCACUGUAACAAGUCUCUGCCAAUUAUCGUUCACAGCUUAAGAGAAGGACCUUAGCAAGUCCUGCCUCUUUUCUUUAAUCGACAUUAAGAGGCUAAAGUAUGAAAGGUCAAGCGGAGGAAAAUGGAUAUCGGUAAAGUGUCAGCAUGCGUGAGAAGUCAGCAGAAUGUCAUGCUCACGCAGGUCACGUGAGGGGCACAACAGAAAUGUGCUCACGUGAUCCUCCUACAUUGCACUCAACCCUUACCAAGGCAAAUGGUAAAAAUUCAAGUCCCCAACCAACUCAUCAUUCGGAAACACGUAUCGAUAGCAAUUUACUUCCAACACCUGGCGGACGGUUAAAAUUUUUUAAAGAUGGAAAAUUUAUUUUGGAACUGUCCCACCGUAGAGACGGAGAAAGAACUACGUGGUUUCCAGUUCCAAAGAAAACCUUUUGGCCACCUGCUAGCACAACUCCGAGUAGGCAGGAGAGUUCUACUUCUCUUAGCGUCUCUGAUGAUAAUUCAUCGGUUCAAUCGAGUCCUUGGCAAAGAGAUCAUUGUUGGAAACAAGCUAAUCCAAGACGUAGGAUAUCCACAGAGUUUAAUUUUUAUUACUAUAGAAAUCCCAGAAAUCGUCUGUGUGCACAUCCUGGGUUAAUCGCGAGAAAGCGUAGACGUCCAUUAGAUUCCACUUCACACCUACUUGUUCCAGAAUCAAUAACAAAUUAUACCAAGCCGACACGCAAAGCGAAUGGUACAUCGACGGGAAAAGUUUUAAAUUUAAUCAUCGACAAAUUAGCACGCCUUCUAGAUCCUAAUGUUGUUUCACCUCGAAAACGCAUUUUGCGCGAAUUGGAGAGAGUAUCGUUAGAAGACCAGGCAUCCAAAAGACGCGCAACGCCGCAGCCUGUUUGUACGACAAGUGCUUCGACUCCUUCGCCAAAACAAUUAUCGUCGUACAGUAUAACGAGUAUCUUAGGAGAAGAUAAACCAAGUCAUGAGCAGGGCUUUUUGAGAAAUUUAUUGAAGCCAGAUGACAGACAAACUGUGAAAUACUCAUCAAGUAAUUCGUAUCCGAGGGUACGAGUGGAUCCAUACAUUGGUACUACAAAUACGCCUCUUCAGCAUCCACUUUACGGUGUACCGAUGUUACCACCUGGACCAUAUAGAGCACCCUUAUGGAUGCAUUAUCCAUCACCCGUCCAUUAUCCACCUCCUAUGCCAUUGUACGCACCACCGCCACCUCAUCCUCCAUCACCUCCAGUUCAUCAUUACAAAGACUACAGGGAACAAACUCUCACACCUCCUUCAGAUAUGCCUCUAAAUCUGUCAAAGCAUGCGGGUUGAAUCUCAGGAUCCUAAAAGCUGGUGCCUUAUCAAUGGACAAAACUGCGCAAACACUGCCCGUGCAUCGACAAUGCGAUAUAUUAGUAUUUUUUUAUCCAUAAACAAUAGUAUCAUAGUAAGUAGAAAUAUGCAACCAGUGGGACGAAGUCUGGGUGCUAUACUUGUACAUACAAAUGCAUAAACUGUCAAGAGUUGGCAUAGGUAUUUUAUAUUAAUAUUAAAUUAAAUCAUGAGUAGUAUUACGGAAUUUUAAUGUAAUUAAUAUUAUGUAUGUAUUACAUACUCGUUCAAUUUUAGAUAUGCUCACUGCUUUUUAUUCGAUUAGAAAAGGAAUACUUGGCAAUUCGACUGUUUUAAACGCACGAAUAUGUUCACGUUUUAAGAUGGUUGAAUUUAUUUUAUAUUUCGAUUAUUCUUACUACUCAUGAUUCGGAUACUACAAUGAAAGAAAAGGAGCAUGUUCUCGUCUUAUGCAUCUCAUUUAUGCAUUAUCUUGUUAUUCUUAUUAAUGUUACUGUCAUUAUUAUCAUUAAUAAAUGAUACGACUAUCCAUUUUAAAAGAUUCAUAAGAAAGACAUAGAAUUAUGUACAGAACAGAUUAUUACCUAUAUUUAGUAUAAAUAAUUAUUCCUACGAAAAGUAAUAUGAUAAUAAAUUUAGGUUAAUAGUAUCCACAACAGUAUACAUUUAUUUAUAUUAUAUUAAUAAACAAAACAAAAUUGCUUGGUAAAGACCGUGGGGUGUGCCUUAAAUGAUCGUCUAAAUUGCAAAAAAUUAAAUUAUGAACAUUUUCACGGAUAUGUAUUACUAUUACUACCACUAUACUACUAUUACUAUGUACAUAUGAAUAUAACUUUGCGUUAUGUAUUUGCAUCAAAUCGACAUAUUCGUCACUAUUUAUUAUUAGUCAGGCGCAUUACCAAACAUUUUACGCGAAAGGCAAGCUCACACAGGCUCUACAAACUAGUGAGUAAUUUUAAUUAUUCAUUUACAUAAACUUUUUUUAUUAAUUGAAACAGAUGAAAUAUGUGACUGUGCGCAAGCAAUUGUAUAGAAAGACUAAUUUCGUAAAUAUAUAAAUAUUUCAUAUACUAAACAA